AUGGUGGGCGCGUCGCUCCUCUCUGGCGCGCUGCUCUUCGCCUCGGCCGCCACCUCGCUCGCCGCGGCCAAGUCGGUCCCCUUUGGCCAGCCCGGCAGCCUGCCCAUCCCGCACGAGGUCCUUAGGCGCAGCGUCACCGGCAACGGCAACAACCUCAACGGCCAGACCUACGACUAUGUCGUCGUCGGCGGCGGCCUCGCUGGUCUCGUCGUCGCCGGCCGCCUCUCCGAGAACCCGGACGUGACCGUCGCUGUUAUCGAGGCCGGGGACAGCGGCUACGACGACAAUCGCAAGUUUGUUGUCCCCUCGGCCAACCUCUACGACUCUGCGGCCAACACAAAGUACGACUGGAAGUUUGAGACCGUCGCCCAGUCGGGCCUCAACAACCGCGUCACGCCCUGGGCCCGCGGAAAGGUCCUCGGUGGCAGCGCCGCCAUCAACGGCCUCUACUACGUCCGCCACAGCGAAGUCGAGCAGAACGCUUGGGCCAAGAUCAACGGCGAGGGCCCCGACGGCACCUGGGGCUGGAACAACAUGCUGCGCGCCAUGAAGAAGAGCGAAAACUUUACCCCUCCGAGAAAAGAGCUGCUCGACGCCGUCGACAUCAACUUCAACCCGGCAUCCCACGGCACCGACGGCCCGCUCCACGUCAGCUGGCCCGCCAGGAGCUAUCCUCCCGUCGCCUCGUUCCUCCAGAGCGUCGCCGAGCUUGGCACCGCCAUCAGCCAAGAUCCGGACGCCGGACAGUCGUGGGGCGCCUUUGUGGCCACCAGCACCAUCAACCCGACCAACUGGACGCGCUCCUUCUCCCGCACCGCCUACCUCGACCCGUACGCCUACCGCAGCAAUCUGCAUGUGCUCACGGGCCACACCGUCACCAAGGUCCUCUUCGACCAGGGCUCUUCGUCUGGCGGCGGCGGCGACGUCAGGGCCACGGGCGUCCAGUACUCGGCCGCCUCAGGCUCGGAUCGGCUGAAUGUCAACGCGGCCCGCGAGGUCAUCCUCUGCGGCGGCUCGGUCAACGACCCGCAGAUCCUCCAGCUCUCGGGCAUCGGCGACCGCUCGCUGUUGGAGCGCCACAAUGUGCCCGUCAUCGUCGAUCUGCCGGGCGUCGGGCACCACGUCCAGGACCACGUCUCGGCCGGCCUCACCUGGGAGCCCAGCCAGCCCUCGGACAUUCCGCCACAGCGCGUGACCAACGACCCCGUCACCGACUCGUACGUCAACUCGGCCAUCGCCUAUGUCGGCGCCAACACGCUGUACGGCGACUACCGCGCCACGCUCGUCGCCGAGAUGCGCCAGGAGCGCGCCGCCACCGUGGCCGCCCUCGACGCGCCCGAGGCCGUCAAGCGCGGCUACGACCUCACGUACGGCGUCCAGGUCGAUGACAUCUUUACCAGCGACGUCGGGCCGAUUGAGCUGCUGUGUGCCAUCAGCUUCGGCGGCCUGUCGGUGCAGGCGGCGCUGCAGCAACCGCUAUCGCGCGGCAGCAUCCUGAUCCAGUCGAGCGACCCCUUCGCCGCCCCGCUCAUCGAUGCGGGAUACCUGACUAACCGCUUCGAUCUCGAGACGAUGCGCACGGGCUUCAAGCUGGCGCGGCAGGUGGCCAACACGAAGCCGCUGUCGGAUCACAUGGGUAGCGAGCAGGUGCCCGGCUCGUCGGUCUCGUCCGACGCCGACUGGGACAGGUGGAUCAAGGACCACGUCCAGACCGAGUACCACCCGUCGUGCUCGUGCGCCAUGCUGCCGCGCUCGGCCGGCGGCGUCGUGGGCACGGAUCUCAAGGUCUACGGCACGCGCAACCUGCGCGUCAUCGAUGCCGCCGUGCCGCCGAUCUCGCUGAGCGCACACCUGAUGGCGGCCACGUACGGCCUCGCCGAGAUUGGCGCCGAGCUGGUCCUCAAGGAGCGGGACGAGGCGCUAAAGCAGAGCAGCAGCAGCGGCGGCGGCUCUUCUUCGCCUGCGUCGGGCAACGCGUCCGGCUCCACUCCGGUGUCGGGUCCGGCUUCCGGCGCUGCUGCCUCUGGCUCGCCCUCGGAUCUGAGCAGCAAGAGCUCCUCGGCCGCCACGCUGUCGCUCGGCCGCCUGACGGCCUGGCAGCUCGCCUCUGUCGGCGUCGCAUCGUCGGCGCUCCUGGCCUUUGCCCUCUAG